AAAAGAACAUUGUUUUCGUGUUUGACCGCGCAGAUGUGAUUAGCAUCGAUUAUUCAGAAAAAACUAUUUUAGAUUAGUGAAAAUGCCCGAAACAAUUAUAGAAAGUGUCCUUAGCGGUAAAAUUGAUGCCGCCCUUUUGCUAAAGUGGCUAGAUUGUGAUACAAGAGAAGAUACACCUGAAGAUUGUGUGUUGUUAUGUUGUAAUAGAAGUGAAUUCGUGGCGCAUUUUCUAUCAUAUUUGAGGAACCAGACUGAUAGCAUACUCCGCAGCAAUAGCAAUGCAAUACAGCUGCUCCAGCAUCAGAGCACUCCUGAGAAGAUCCUCAGCUCCCGCCGCAAGCACCGCCGCUCUAUCAGCGACCCCACCAGUGAUGACCGCACUAUGGACAGCCUCUCGGUCAGAACUGACCGCCAACGCAGCCACGAGUCACCCAGCAAAGAUAAAAAGCGAGGACGAAGAGUCAAAACUAAGUUAUUCACAGAACUGUCCAAAGAACAGUCCGUAUCGUCUGACGAAUCAAGGUUAAGCAUCGGACUUGACAGAGUUGUCAUAUCUAGUACACCGCUGAAGAAUGGCAGGGAUUACCCAAAUUUACCGUUAACCAGUCCUGUCACACCAAAGAGUUUUAAGGAGUACGAAAGGUGUGAUACACCAAGGUUGAAUCAAAGGCAUUCCAGAUCUCAUGAAAAAAGUUGCUUAGGAGACUAUCUUGUGACCGCACAGAAGAGUUCCAAGAAGAGAAAAGGGAAGAACACAUCGAAUGAUGAUGCCGAUGUGAAAGUUGAGUUAGAUUUAAGUAAUUCUGAACAGUUUCCAGAAAUCGGGGUUAGGAAGUCCAGUUCGUUGCGGUCUGAACGGAGACGGAUUAAGCCAACGAAUAUAGAUAGAAGCACUUCUCAAAAAAGCUUUUCAUUGAACAGUUUCACUUCAGAGUGCUUCCAACAGCCUUCCCCUUUAGCUUUGGAGGAUAAUAUAGCUUUCAAAGCACAGAAUGUGCAAACUAAUGAAGUGUCCAACAGUUUUGAGACCGAACGCAACAUUUUGAAGCAGGAAAGACACAAAUUGAUGGAGAAAUUCAAUAUUUUGAACACUUCCGCGUCGCCGAAAACUGUUAAAACGCCCCAAAUCAAAGUCAUACAAAAUAAUUCUAUAGAAAAAAUUAACUACAUCAAGUCCGAUGCAAAUAAAGUAGUUUUGAAAGAUAAAAUUGAUAUUCUAGUAGAUAUUUACAAUGUUUUAUUAAAGAAGAAUUUGAUAUUGAGUGUGAUAACUGAAAUAUACUUUUUGAUAUCGAUAAUAUUAUCGAAACAAAGCGAAAUCGAUUACGAAGAUGCCGAAUCGAAUUUAAAAGACAAUCAUUUAGAUUACUUAUUAAAAUCUAUACAUAACAGCACAUAUUUCGCUGUGAAAUGUCUAUGGAAUCAACGCAUCAUUUUAGAGGUUAUAUUAGACAAGAAUUCGUUGAAAACACUCGGUGAAAAUAAGAAAAUUCGUUCUUUCUAUCCGGACUUAGCCAAAUUCCUGCUAAAUUCGUACGGAUUAAAGUGUGAAGCGGAGACAACUCAAGACAAGAAGACUUCAGAAUUGAGGCCCUCCAACGGAGUCAUAUGCUUUAACUUGGAGACAGAUAAUGUGGACAAUUUCCCGUCUGCGCUCAGCUUUCAAAGCUUCAAGAAACAGAGGGACAUGUUUUAUGAAAUACUCAGAUGGUACCAAGAAAGCCAGUCGUCAGACGGGUCUCGCGGCCGCGCCUCGUUCCGCGCCAGAAUCAAGCCUUUACUGUCCGCGGCCGCCAGCGCCGCCAACCACGCGCACCUCGCCGCCUUGUUCACGAGGCAUAUGUUGGCAGCGCUGCCGCACAACACUCAGGAGUCGAAACUCAGCAAACUGCAACGCCGUCUGACGUGUCCCUCGGCCUCCGACAGCCACAGACUGCCGCACUUCACCGAACAGGAGAUGUUCUACAAGGAAUUCGUAAUGAACACAGACAACGAAUCAUUCAGGGUACAUUUAAGAGACAAAUUAUCGUCAGAGAUAAUUGCUUUAGACUCGACGCCAUUUGCCGAAGACAGAAACAAUGCUCACAACUCGGACCUGCCUCGAGAAUACCUCGCCCUCAGCAACAAACUGCAGAUAUUAUCAAAGCUAUUGGGGUAUUUAUACGCACUGCCGUACUGUAUCAAUGUGGAAACGGGACGGUCGGUAAAGCAGCAGAGCUACGCGACGCCGAAAGAUAAAGUACUUGAGAAUGAUCUCGCUUUAAGGAACUAUAGCCAACCAAGCAUAGACCUCCAAGGCUUACUAACAAACGCGCAAAAAACCUCCCGUCUAUGCAUAACUCUGCCAUGGAUCAUACACUUUUUAUCAAUGUUAGAUUAUACAUCAUUACGAAUAAAAUACUAUCAAAGACUAAUUAAAACUAUAUUAGAAAUAUACUCUAGUUUGAAAAUCGAAACGAAAUACAAAAAGAACACUUUAAUUUUCCUAAAAUCGAUUCUCGGAUGGUUAUUUGAUUUGCCGCAUUUUCCAAUCGAAUUUUAUUACGAAAUUAGUGAUUUAAGCGUGAUUGAUAGUGAAGUGAAUAUUGACAGUUAUAAUAUUAUCGAUGAAACAGUGUUGUUUGAGUUAUGUCCGUAUUUGAAGGAUGUUAACGUUUUGCUCUCAACGUGUAAAGUGGGACAGGAGCAAAAGGAAAGCUUUCGACAUAUUACGCCUGUCAGUUUGAGCCUGAAUCCGGAAGAUCGUAUGAGGAAUAAGGAGAAAGAGUUACAGAACCGUCUAGAAGAAGAGCUGCUCAAAAGCCAGCCAGCCUCUACCCGCCGCGUUCUGGAGCUCGUCUGCGAUAGAGUCACCUCUCUGUGUGUCCGACAUCUCUCGUCCAAACAUGUCGUCGCUGCUAGAGAGAAGGUGCGGUUGGAAGCUAUGGCUUUGGUGAAAGCGAACUCGGGGAGUGACAACCUACUACAAUCCCUCCAAUCCCUGUACACCACUCACGCGCAACAACUGUGCGCCUCAGCGCUGCAGUCGGCCGAGGAGUUGGUUCAGUCUCGGUCCGCGGCGGCGCUGGAGGCGCUGCUGCCGCACGCGCCGCCGCCCAUCCUCAAGCUGGCCGUCAAGGGCUGCCUUAACCGGCUGGGGAAGUGGCUCAGGGACAACUGGAAUACCACUGCAAUCCUCUGCAAAGACAUAGAAGCAGAGAUGAAGACCCUCAUUGUGUUAGGAGAUAGCGCUACAUACUCCGGCGGUCACCCGCGCACCGACCUGCACGCCCUGGUAACGCCUCAAGCGCAAUUUGAAGUCAAUAACGUUAGUCCGUCCAAUACUAUCAUUCAGUUGAAGGAACAAAUCUGCCUCCUCUUAGAAUACUCGGAGCCCGCGAACCUCAGCCACAUUCUGUGUUCGGUCGCCCGCUGCUGUUCGCCGAGCAACGUGUUCGCGCGCGCGCUCGCGGCGCGCGCGCUGCUGCGGCUCAGCUCCGACCUCUGCUUGGUAUUCGUGAGCAGAAAACCAUUAGAGGUCAACGACUCAUUCCUUAACCAACUGCACAACAUUUGGAACACGUGUUGUCCGGAUCGUAAGAAGAAUCAAAUGCAAGAAAUCGAUCUCUUACCGGAAAGGAGGGACAUAUCUCCGGAGAUGAGAAACUUCGAGGACGACGAUCGUGUCCCAACACCUGUUUCCGACGACGAAAACCAAAAAAAUCCAGUUAUAGUUGUCACUAGUGAACAAAUUGUUAACAGUGAACAAGUUGACAAUAGUGAAGAAAUCGUCAAAAGUGAACUAAGUAGGGAGAACAGUGGACAUUUCGAUAGCAAAAGUGUAGAUAACAGCGUAGUGGUUUUGGAUGAGAAUAACGGUGAACUAUUGGAGUCUUUCGACAGAAUCUUGUGUCCAAGGAACAUUGUGUUGUUGAGCUCAUCUAAGUGCAAACAAAGUGAUGUGUGGGAGUCGUUAGCUACCGUUUUAGUGUUUUUGUUGAAGAAUGACUAUUUGAGCGAGGAUUCGUUGACUGAACAGUGCCUCGCGGUUUAUAGGCAGGAUUGGCCGCAGAACAUUCUGGAAAGUCUAUCGAGUUGCAUGAAGUCAGUAUCGUCGAGAUGGUCCAGAUCUUCUACGGGCAAGUUCACACUGUUCCUAGACUUCCUAGCGGAGUACUGCGGCGAUUUGGACUACGAGCCCAUGGAAUAAAUAUCAAUCCACCCAUGCGUCCACACAAUACAAUUUAUUUCGUUUACCAAGGAAUCUAACAGCGUAACAAUAAAUUAGAAUAUUAAAUAACAUUGAUAAAGCCAAUAUAGGUAUCCGUUUCUGCAACAAUGGUUAAAGUUAACCGAUAACGGGGUGAAAUUAGCGCAGCAUCUGUCAAUAAUAAUAUACGUAGGUACGAUUUUCACAUAAUUGUAAUGAAAAUUCCAAUUCAUAAAUGUACUUAUAAUUACAUAAAAUACAUUUAAAUAAGUAUCACAAAGGAUACUCCUAACGGUCCUAACGGGACACAAAACUCCAGGCCGCGAUCCUAUUGCUCCGUUGCGAUGUCGCAGCUCCAUUGUUUUCUGUAGGUUUUAACUUGCGUCAACGUACGUCGAAACUCCUUACAAUUUUCGCGUUGUUCUGUCGAAGGACGUCAAAGCAACGGAGGAUGACGGAGCGCAACGUAGCAAUGGGGCCGAGCCCUUAUGCCCCAAAACACAAAAUACAUUUAAUAACAGAAAUAAAAAUUUAAUGCCCCUCCUUCACGCGGCUGUACGAUACACCCACUUACUGAUAUUCCACCGUUGUCACCAAGCGUUGUUUCUUCGUCUUUCACGUCAAGACCUAAACCAAUUGGUAGGGCUGGAGAGUGACACAGGCUACUUUUUGUCGCGGGCGGAUUCGCGGACAACGGCUAAUUAGUUUAGUAAGAAACAACAUGAAUAAAUACUAAAAACUAAACUUAUUUACAAAUAUUUAAAACUUUACAUUUAAAAAUACGAAUUUUUUAAGUAUUUAUAAAUAUACAAAAAAAAUACAUACAUUUUAGGCAAAACAUGACAAAUAAAUUUAACCGUAAACACCAGAAUUGAUGUCUUAUAUGUAUAGUUAGUAUAUAAUGUAAAGUAUAUAUGUAAUGCUAGAAGUAUACAGGCUGAUAAAAGAACAUUAGUCUAUUUAUAAUUCAUAAAAAAAGCAUACUUUAAGCUAGUGUUUUGUCUCGUACGGUCUGUACCAAAUUUUGUAAAGUGUGAGAGUGACAAAACAUAGCUUUAAGUAUGCUGUCUUUUUUAUGAAUAACAAGGUAAAUCAAAGUAGAAAACUAAUUUUUAACUAUAAACUAAAUAUUUAAUUGCAAAACCAAACAGAAUGGUCAAGAUUGGUUGAUAAACACCCAGUGUCGGCAUCCAAGAGAACACAGAAAAAGCUACAAUAUUGUAACUACAUACAGUGAAAAAAAUGUAAAAAAAAAUCCUAAAAAUAAACUUGCAAUAUUUUUGGGCCAAUCAUAGAAUUUGUCGGUCAAUUUCACGAGCGUUUUGAGCGCCGCCGCGGGCUGUCAUUAGUGUUUAAUAAAUUGCACCACACACAGUAACCAAUUUAAUUAUCCUAUUUUAUAAAUAUGUAAAGUACUGGUACAAUGUUAAUUUUAUGUUUAAUUUAAAAAAAAUGAUUAUUCAAAAAAAAUGUGCGACACUAAUGAAACGCUACACGCCGCCGUUCAAACAGUCGCGAAAUUCAUCCUUGUGGUGAACGAAGAAUUCAUUGAAUAGAUUAUGAGUGGAAUAACAAAGAGUAUCGUAAAUUAAUAAAGUGUUUAUAUAUAAAAAUAUAUGUCAAUGACUGUUUUAGUUGUAAAUAAGAUUAUAUACAAGGUGUAUAUAUUGGUAUACACUUGUAUAUAUAGGUAUUGAGCUAUAUACAUACGAAAUGGAAGAUACUAGAUCUAGUAUUAAUAUUAACUUAAAACUUCGCAUAAAGGACCUACCCUCAGAGCGCUGCGAGCGCUGCGCCCGCGCGGUCAUUACGAUGGCUCAAUUUUCUUGAGGAAAGAGUCAUUUCCAAAAUCAAUCAUUCAUAAAAUUGACACUACCACAGUUCAGAUUGAUUACUUUAGAGUAAAAUAUUAAAAUUAAUUUCUUUGUUAAAAUUUGAAAAAUUGUAAUGACAGCGCGGUCGCAGCGGGCAAACGCGCUGAGAAACACCCACCCGAGUAAUUCUUACCGUUGUGUGAAUCGUCUAUUAGUAAGUAUAUAAUAAUUUAAAUGUGUUGCCAACUUGUUUUUUAUAGUUGUUUUCUCUUUAAAGAUCUCUUCAUACGCAAAAGUACGUUGUAAAUAUUUACCAAUGAGGUUACCAUGAGUUUUUGCGAGCACGUAAUUGCGUCGCCAUAGACAUAAAUUAAAUGGAGAUUGAACAGCGCCCCCUGUCGUAAUUAAAUGGAACUAUCAAUUUUUCAUAUAAAUACGAUUGUGUUCUCGCAAAAAUUCGUGCUUACCCCACAGAAAAGAUCGGAACAAACCUUAAAAUAAUCGUUUUGAUGAUAUAAUCGUAAACGUGAUACCCGCCAUUUUGUAACAAAAUUUAAAUACAUACAGAAAUUAAUUGCACAAUCAGGUACAGAUAAAACUAACCAGACUAUCGAGCCCGGCCCCAUUGCUCCGUCGUCCUCCGUUGCGUUGAUGUCCAUCGACGGAUCAACUCGGUAAUCAACUUGGAAUGCUAUCUUACUAAUAUCGGUGGUUCAUUUUUAUCUGCUCCUGUCUGUACAAUUUGACAGGGAUAAUGUGCCACCAACCUUGUCAAAUACAGUCCAUAAUAUACCUUCAAUCCUUCGAUGGACACCAAACGUGUAUAGACGUAACAACAAGAUUAAACUUUUUUGUCUCGUUUUAACAAAGUCGAUGACGAAAUGUCCCAUCCUUGUUCCUAAAUGAAGGAUGACAGAAAGAAGGAUAAAAAUAUGUUUUUAAAUAUUAUUACAGUUAUAAUACGAUAACUGAAAACACGGUUAGGUACGAAUUUUUUAGUAAUGCGAAGAACUUUUUAAGAAGGGACAUUUUUAGAAUUGAACAAUAUGAGAAAAAGACACUGUGGAACUUAGCGCCUGUAUAAAAGUUCUUUUUUUGAAAGAUCUACUCAUUAUAUUGUUAUUGUAUUAUAAAUUGUACAUUUCGUGUUUAUUUAAUUUAUUAUAUGUAUAAAAAUAUCUUUUAAAAAAACCGACCACAGUUAUUUAGUCUUAUUAUUCUACGUUAAGAUAAAAUAGUGUCCUGUAAUCGAAUCUAAAUUAUAAAAAUGUAGUAUAUUAUUAUUUUUAUAGACCAAGAGCCCGUGACUAUCAGUCCUUUGUUAUAGCAACUAGGAAAUCCCAGUGACUAAAUAUCUGACAUCAUAAACAAGAUUGUUAGUUCGACAAGUUUACAUAAUUCGUUAAAAUUUACUUAUAAAGAGGUAAGCGUAAUCUCCGAAACUACCGAACCAAUUUCAAAAAUUCUUUCAUCAUUAGAAAGGUGCAUUAUCCAAGAUUGCUAUAGGCUAUAUUUUACCUCAAAAUUCCCACGGGAGCGAAGCCCCGAGCAACAUCGAGUACAAAAUAAGUCUGUUUAAUUAUCCGUUCCGAUAACGGUGGCGGUAACACGAGGGACAAUAACCAAUAACCUAGAAAUAAUUUUUAUCUAAUGUGUUUAUUUAUAUCAAAAUUUGCACAAUAAACGUCGUUCGUGAUGUCAGCUUUCUAGUGCUGUUAAGAUUCUGGUGUUUUAGAAUAAUUCUGGAUAAAGUGAGGUACUAUGAUGACCUUUGCAAUAUAAAAAACAUGAUUAUUAAAACACCGAUCUCAACCUAAUAAUAACACACAUAUUUCAAAAAUUUCAGCUUGUAUAAUAUAGCGACGGACUGGCGGUCGCGAGCUCCUGCUCUAUAUUCAGUGCUUAUGAAAAUGAACAGUCCAAAUGUUUAUAGUGUAAUAUAAUGUCGUUUUUAUUGGA